AUGCCUGAUCUGGUCUUGUAUCGCGCCAAUGGAGCCUGCUCCUUGGCACCGCAUAUCAUGCUGAACGAGCUCGGUCUGCCCUUCAAGUCCGUUGUCCAGGGCUCUUCCCCAAAAAGUACGCUCCCUCCAACAGUUGAAAUCGACAUUGAUGAGUAUCGGAGAACCAUCCAUCCGCAGGGCUAUGUCCCGGCACUUCGGGCGGAUGAUGUGAUCCUCACGGAAAAUGCCGCUGUCAUGUCCUACCUGGCGCGUUUGAAGCCGGAGAGGAAGCUAGGAGGCAGCUCACCGCUCGAACAGGCACAGGUUAUAUCUUGGUUGAGCUUCUUAUCUGGAUUUGUUCAGGGCCAGGCAUGGACGCCGCAUUGGAUCCCAAGCCGCUUCACAACGUCGGAGGAUGCGAGCCAGCUAGAGCAGAUCAGCAGCAAGGCAAAGGUCAAGGUUGAUUACGGAUACGAUUUGAUUGAACAGCGAUUGAAGGGCUUGUUUGCUGUCGGCGAAGCAGAUACUGUCGUCGACUUUUACCUUAUCGUAUUCUACAACUGGGGGCAGAAUUAUGGCGUCGACAUGUCAAGAUAUCCCAAGUUUGGAGCAUUGAUCGCUCGGAUGGAGCAGAAGCAGUCGGUUCGAGAUACGAUCAAGGCAGAGGGGUUGGCUUUGUACUUUGACUAA